AUGUUUAUAUCUAUAUCACCGAGAAUAUCACUAGUUGACGUAACAACAGAAACGCUACCUUUACUCAUAGAACUACAUAAACUGGUAUUUCCUGUUAGUUAUGGUGCCAAGUUCUUUCAGUUUGUGCUUAAUUCAGGAGACUUGGCUAAACUAGUUUACUAUGAUAAUCAGUGUGCUGGAGCCAUAUGCUGUAGACUAGAAAAAACGAGGCCAGAUGACUAUUCGGCACGAAUGUACAUGAUGACACUCGGUGUACUAAAACACUAUAGAAACUUGGGACUGGGAAGCAUCCUUAUAGAAUACAUCAUGUCCGUGGCUAGUAGAAUAACAUAUCCAUUGGUCACCUCUGUCUAUUUACAUGUUCAAGUUGUCAACGAAAAGGCCAUUCGAUUUUAUUUACGUAACGGAUUUCAGAUAGAAGCCAUAGCUCACGAUUAUUACAAGUUGAAUGAAAAUAGAGAUGCCUAUAUCUUGUCUCGGCCUGUGAUCCAUUAUAAGUAA